UAUGACGCUCGACAUAUUCUGGGGGACAGGCGUUGAGUAGUGAGGCAGCAGCAGAUGGCGUUCAGGCCAACCGCUAUGCGACAAGCGAAGUUUGGGAUUUGGGGUAUACCAAACACCCCAAACCAUCCGUGAACUGCUCCUUGAUAUGUGCCUUCUACUUAACUAGUACGUUGGUGCAAUGCGAGUGACAGAACGCCACAAGUACAAGAUACUACUUGCGGUUCUUCUCGAGCUUCUUUCAACCUCGCGCAUCCAGGCGGCCGUAUGAUGGCAAGUAUACUGUAGGCGGCACUUGCCACGGAACGUCCGUCACGGGCGUCGGAAAGCUCAUAUGGAGCCCUCGUCCGUGCUUGAGGCGCUGGAUGCAGAGCUUCAGCAGCAUGCUAGAAAAGAGAAAAGUCGUGCGUUUAAUAAAGCACAACCGGCUCGUUUGGACAAGUUCAGUGCAGCGGAGGAGCUUGCCCUUGUGACAGGCCACGCCUCCCACGGCCAGAACUGGGGUUGGCUUUCAAAGGGCAUUCCAACACGCUCGCCAAGAGAUAUCAAGGUAAUUUGCGCUGCUCUGCAAGUGGGACCCAUUGGCUCCGUCAUCCAUUGUCCGCUGGGCGCCUCGUGAUAAAACGCGCAUGAAAGAUGCGAGUAUGAUCUAUCUGCAAUCGCCUUGCGCACGUUUGGUCAUCGUUCGCGCCACCGACGUUCACCGGGCCUGUUCAUACGGUACUCCUGCGAUACCCUAUGUCACACCUCUAUGCACCUUCAGGCUUACUUCCUGAGUGCGGUGCGCUGUUCAAGCGCCGGUGCUGCCAAGGGAUCUCGCGGCCUGCUGCGCUGCUACCUGAACAUCUUGGGUCUGACCCGGCUAGAGGACGUGGACGCCCGCCGCGCCGCCUGCGCCGCCGCCAUCCGCCAGCACCACCCCUUCAACAAGUCGCCACCCAGCCCCAGCCCCAGCCCCAGCCCGGGACCCGCCAGCCCCAGCCCCAGCCCCAGCCCCAUGGCCGCCGGGCGCUGGGCCCAGGGCGCAGCAGCAACAACAACAGCCGGCCAUGAGGCCAUGGAUGCCAGCAAGGCUCCUGGCCGCUGCCAGCAACCGCAGGAGCAGCAAAGCCAGCCGGCGGUGGCAGCGGCGGCGUUUGCGGGCUUCGCGCCCUCACCGCCGCCUAGCCAGGGCGAGCUCACGCCGCCCGACGGCCACUCGCUCACACUGACGCUGUCCAUGACCUUGUCCGGCGGCUCCUUGCUCACCCGCACCGGCACCGGCACAGGCAUCACCAGCGCCGCCGGCGGCGGCGGUGCCGCGCGCGACGGCACCUCCACAUCCUGGGCGCCUGACGAUCUGCUGUGGGCCUGCAGCAUGAGAGGCGCAAGCCCUGCAGGCGGCGGCGGCGCGGCGGCAACAGCCGGAGCGGGCGGGUGGGGAGCGGGAGCGGGAGGGCUGCUGGGUGGCGAUCUGGGUUGGGAGCAGCUGACACCAGACGUGGCGGCAGGCGGCGCAGGGUGGGGCGGCACCCGGGGUGCCAGGCGGUGCUGGGGUGGCGGCGCCAGCACGGGCGGCGGGGGGCUGCUGGACCCUGACCUGUCUGUGUCGCGGGCGCUGGGGCCCGAGGCGGCGGCGGAGGCCUGCGCUGACAUGGCAGUAGUGAUGCCGCCGGCGGCAGCGCAGCAGCUGCAGCUGCGGCCCGCCGGCCUUCAGUCGCAGCACCACGUGCAGGAUCAGCGGGGGCGGGGGCACAGUGUCGACAUGGUGCACGUGCGCGGCCCAUCAGCACUGGGCGCAGCUGCUGCUGCCGCCGACCUGCAGCUGGCACAGCCGCGACAGGCACUGGCGGGUCAGCAGCAGCACCAGCACUUGCAGCACCAGCACCAGCACCAGCACCGGCCGAGCCAGUUCCUGCCCCAGCACGACAGCAGGAGGUGCUUGUCUCACAGCGCGCCGCUAGCGCAGCUGCCGCUGCCGCCGCCACAGCAGCACCGCCUCCUGCCGCCGCCCACGUCCGGCCCCUGCCCCAACGCGCCGCAUGCCGCCGCCGCUGGCCUCGGCAGCCUCGGCCCUGGAGGCGGCGGCGGCGCUGCGCGCGGCCCGGUUGCGUCAGCCAGCGUGGGCUCGGGCUCACAGCCGCCGCCGAAUGACAUCCUGACGCAGCUGCGCCGCAUGAGCAGCGCCCGGCAGCCGGAGCCGCUGCAGGCGGUGGCACGGGCAGAGGCGGCGGGCGGCGAGGGCGAGGGGCCGGCGUCGUUAAUGGAUGCCUGGCUUAGCCGAGUGGAGCAGAGCUGCGGUGUCGCGGCUGCUGGCAGUGCGCCCGGCAGCGGUGCUGGUGGUGCUGGUGGUGCUGUGGGCCCGGGUCCUGGUGCGGCGCCCGGGCUUCCCUGCUGGCCGCAGACCGCACAGCAGUCCGGCCGCAACGACAGCGGCGGCGGGGUGGCGGCGGCGGAGUACGCCGCGCUGCAGGCGCCGCCCGCGCCCCAGAUGCAGUGCCAGCAGCAGCAGCGGCCUCUCCCGGAGCAGGUGCAGGGUGACGGCGGCGGUGGCGGCGGCGGCAUGUGGGGGUCAGACGGGCGGCCGGUGGGGCGGCUGUGCAGCACAACCGCCGGCCUCCACGACCUGAGCCGGGCAUGCAGCAGCUCUUCCUUUGGAGGCCCGCCUGCUGUGCCAGGCAGUCGGCCCUUCCACAGCGAACUGCUGAUGCCGCUGCCCGCCUCUACCUCAGUCGCCCAGACGUCACCUGCUACUGCCGCUGCUGCUGCGGCCCCCGCCCACACCUCGCUCGCCACGGGUGGCGACGACAGCGGCUGCUACAGCCGGCCCCACUCCCUUGUGGCUCAGGUGCCGCCUGCAUCGCACCUGCUGGAGCCGAGGGACUCCUACUCUGCUGGUGCAGGCGUUGGUCGGGCGUUGGCUGGCGACGGCGGCGGUGUUGGCGGCGGCGGUGGAGGUCAGCGGGUUGGCACGGGUUUCAGUGCAUUCGGCGGCAACUACAACAACCACCUCCGCCACAGCACCGCCGGCAAUAGCACCAACAGUCUGAACGCGAGCAGCAAUCGAGCCGUCUACAGCCUUGAUGACCAAGCACUCGGGCCGGGUGUCGGCCUUGGAACCGGCGGGUCACGCAACGCACCCUACCACGGAGGGGCCUUUUCAUUCGCCGGCGACGGCAUGGGCGUGGGCGGCAGCAGCAGUACUGGUAGCGGCCCGCAGGGGGUGAGGGCGGCAGGCCGCCAGCCGCCGCUGCCGCCGCUGCCGACCGACAUUCUGCCUCUGGCGGCGGCGGAGCUGCAUCAGGUCCAGCAGCAGCAGCGGCAGCAGCGGCAACACACGGCGUACUCUGGUGCUGGCGGCGGUCGCGGAUGCAGCAGCGGCAGCGGCAGCGGCAGCGGCAGGGGACGGCUAUUGGCGGCGGGCUCCGGCGGGCCGUGGGACUCGUUCACUGGCGGUGUACCGGCGCCGCCCGCCGCCCAUGGUGGCUUCCUGUUGUCAUGUCAGGAGCUCGGCGGCGGCGGCGGCGGCGUCAGUGGCGGCGGUGAGCGACCGGGCAGUGGGCACAUGCGCAUGGGCUUUGGAGGCCAUGGCGGCAGUAAUGGCGGCGGCGGCAUGCUAGGGCUGGAGCCAGGAGCAGGGAACAGCGGCGUCGCGCCCUUCAGACAGCAGGCGCCGCCGCGGCUGAGCAUGCCAGGGCCAGACGUCUUUGGCCCUGGUGGUGUUGGCGGCGGCGGCGGCGGCGGCGGCCCGAAUGCGUUUGGGCUGCUGGAGCGUGCUGCCACGGUCAGCGGCCCCCUGCCGCCGCCACCCCUGCCGCUGAGCUCGCCGCAGCAGGGGCCACACGACCCGCCGCACCGCUGGGGCCGCCGCCACGCUUCCAUGUCGGGCGUGGCCAUGAUGCAGCAGCAGCAGCAGCAGCAGCAGCAGCACUACCCGCUGGGGCGCGACCGCGGUGGGCAGCCACAGGGCACUGCUGCCUGCUGGGGGCCGCCGCAGGACAUGCAGCUGCAGCCCCCACGGUCUCAGCAACAGGCGUCGGCGGGGCAGGCGCUGAGGGCGGGUCCGGUGCAGCCGCCUGCUGCGGGCCGGGUGCCUCUGGGGGCGCCUGGGGACGAGGCCUGGACCGAGUUCUGUGUGCAGAGGCGGCCGUGUGUCCCGCCGCCCAUGGCCGCGCCCCUGUCCAUGCCCUCGGCCGCGCCGGGGCAGGCGGCGCGGCAGCGGCAGCAGCAGCAACAGGACUGGUCGGAGCAGCAGGAUUCCCGGCAGCAACUCGAGGCAAAGGUCCUGGUGUCGCAACAACAGCAGCGGCAGCAGCAGCAACAGCAACUACAACAACAGCAGCGGCAGCAACAGCAACAGCUGCAGCAGCUGCACCCGCAGCAGCACGAGGGAAUGCAGGUUGACAUGUACAGGUCCUCCUUCAUGUCAACGCGACAGCAGCAGCAACAGCAGUUGCAGGAGCAGCAACAACAUCAGCUGCAACAAUUGCAGCAGCACCAUCAAUUGCAGCGGCAACACCAACUGCAGCAGCAGCAGCAGCAACAACAAUGGCAGCAGCAACACCAACUGCAGCAGCAGCAACAAUGGCAGCAGCAACACCAUACGCAGCAGCAGCAGCAGCAGCAGCAGCAGCAGCAGCAGGCGCAGAUGUUUGGGCAGCAAUCUCACCCGCAACACCAGCACCAACACCAGCUCCAGCACCAGCACCGGCACCAGCACCAACACGCGCACCGCCACUUCCCGCCACACAACGCAGCCGGCGGGCACAACGGACCGCCGCAUCUGCACCCACACGCGCACAGCGCUCCAGUCACUGACGGCCACACGCCGCCGCCGCCACCGCUGUCCGCCCGCCUCCCGGGGGUGGGCGCCGCGGCGGCGGCAGGUUCAGGGCUCGCGGCGCCGGGCGGCGGCGGCGGCGGCUUUAUCAGUGGUGGCGGCGAGUUGGGCGGCGGCAUGGAUGUGGGGAUGGCGGCGGAGGGCGAGGAGGACGGGCUGCUCCCCGACAUCAGUGACGUCGACCUCAUGCGCCUGCUUGAGGAGGAGCUGUAGGUAGGUUGCGGCAGCCCGUCGUCUGCUGCUGCUGUCGGCUGCUGCUGCGGAGGGCCCUGAGCUGCGUUGCAACGUACGUGUAGACGGGGCGAAGAGGGAGGUGGGGGAAGGGCCGGCGGCGGGGGCCUAGCUACACACCGCAUGCAGGCCUACCUGCGGUAGGCGGUGUGUGCGGAGCCACUGCGCGCACGGUGUCGGUCACUUACGUCCCCUUUUGCUUGUCAGAUUAGCCUGCGAAGAAAAGAGAAAGCGGGAAGACUGUGAAUGUUCCUUUGUUGUUCGUAUAUACAGCACCCGAUCCAGGGGCAGUGUUGUGUGUAUAUGCCCAGAAUGUGACAUUCGUUUGUGUCAUCUACCGUGUGCGCCGAAAGAAAGGCAUCACCUGUGCUAUCGAGUUACGAGUUGGUUGGCAGCUAUGGGUAUAGAAACCUCACGCCCCAUCAUUAUGCAUCAUCAUGCACAGUGCCCGCCCAUGUGUUAUACAUGCAGCAGACGCAUUGAGGUUGGGCACAUCACAUUAAUCCACAUACCAUGUUACCGGGCUCGUGAAUAAUACUUAUGAUGUUUGCUUGUAUACCGUAGUAUUUGUUGGGCCUGGAGCUUCAACUUGAGCAGCCGAGAUGGCGCGUGCGGCAAUUGCGUGUGUGGUAAACUGCUCCAAACGGUAUGAGAUUCGCGCGUUUUGGGUGCUUGCAUGCGCCGCUGUGAGUGUGGCGGUCCUGCCUUGGACUGCUCGCAAUGCGGGGGCCUGAUGAGGGCGACUUGGCAAUAGAAAGAGAUCGCCAUGGGACGGACACAUACGAUACUGUGUGCACAGCCCCACGGAUCGUUUUGCAUCCGCCAAGAAGCGCAUUAGUCGUUGAGCUUACAUUGGCGGACUGCUGCUGAGUGUGGUGGCUGUGGCAUCAUGUGAAUGGUGACAUACAUACACAGCCAAACGGUCACACACAUGAUCAUAUGAUCACCACUUGCAUCGCAAUGAAUACUACUUCAUGCUUCCAGUGAGCGUGCACUGAUCACUUCAAAGGAGGUGUAGGUUUGGCGUAAGGCUCAGCCCACGUGCUCCUUGGUGACCUUGCAGCGCGAGGAUGUCGCCCGCGGUGAGGUGUGCGCCUCCACAUACCACACUACUUCCGGCCGCGUGCAUUGCAUGAAUUCCAUCCCUCAUUGUCAUGGGCGUGCGUGCAAAUUUCAUUUGACUAUUUGGAUGUACGGCGGAGUCGAACAUGCAAGUAAUUGGGACCGUCCACUAGUGUGGAAGCAUGUGUACCGGUUGUGUUAUGAGGCGUUGCCUGCAGUUGCCGGGCUGCACUCCUUGCAGGCAUGGCGGCGGCGGCGCAUGGCGCCCGCCCGCCGGCCACGUGUUGCCGGGGCCUCUCUACCUGUCGGCCACCAACGUCAUACACUUGCAUGGCUGAGGGCGCGUUUGCAACACGACUUCAUGCCAAGGCUGCAAUAUUCAAGUACUGCUCGCCAGACGCAAGGCAGUGCUCCUACGGUAGUUUGUCCGCCGGGAUGCGCCAUUGAGCCGGCACCAAUGUUGGACUGGAAGUUUCAGCAGAAAUCAUAUGGCCGUAGGAUGAGGUUGUUGGUGCUAGCAAAGCAAUAGCAACCACACAAAUGAGUGCAUGCAGGCGAGAGCAGGAGACCGCAAUGUGCAGGGUGGGAUGCUCACAAUCGCGGCGAACUGGCGGAAUGCAUGCCGGCGAAGCAAACGUACGUGGGGUAGGGUCAAGCAAGGGGCGAUGUGUGCAAGGUAGGGCAGUAUGAGUACGUGUGUAUGUGUGUAUGGGUAAUCGGGGUGCAGCAGGGGACACGGCGCGAGUGAGUCGUGCGAGGGGCGCUGCACAUGGGGGUUUGCACGCCCCCGGUAGGGGUAGGUGGGGCGUGCCAGGCGGGUACCGUAUGUGAUGUGGGAUUCGGGCAGAAGGGGGGCGUUUGCCGCAGACUGCAUGGCUUUGGAGGAGGGUGCGUGCAGCGUUCGGCAGACCUUGAUGAGAGCUCCAGCGGAACAACAGGGGGGUGGCGUGGGGGCCAGAGAGACACGCGGCGCACGCGCAGAAGUGCCGCGAACCACCAACAUACCGGUAUCAACGGGUGGGCCGCAUGUGUCACAUGGCCACGCACCACUGGGGUGCUCUCUUGAGUUCGUGGGGGCCUCGUAAAGCGCAGCGAAAAUCCGUGCGGAGGACGCACUCGCCAGUUAUUCAAUGCGUGCCGGUGUGUACGGUCUAUGCUGGCGGUGUCGCACCUGUGAGGCUCAGGGAAGGCUGGUGUGGGGCGGCGCAGACAGCAGUGUGAUGCGGCGGCGUUAGUUAGAUAGUGGCCCCGUCAUUUCGCGUGUCGCACGUCCGACACAUGUGCUGAGGCCGGCGGGCCGCAGGCGUGCGUGUGAGCUCGAGGGAAAAUUCCGAUGGCAACGGGGCGUGUGGGGUGCCGAUGCGGGAUGCAUGCCAAUCAUACCUGCCCCCUUUCUGAACCACAUCCGUGUGCUGCUUUGUUUAGUAUUUUAACAUCGAUGUAGGGAAUCACAACAGUUCGGGCCUGUACGGCGUCUUGGCGGUAGUUGUAUGUUGCACAGGCGUCAAGCGCUGCAGGCGCUUGGCUGUGGGCCCGAGUCGCGGCCGGGGGGCGCAGUGCGUGGCGUUGGGAGGUAGUGGCGUGGGGUAGUGCGUGGCGGUGAUAUCGAUGUGCAUGGCUGUACAGACGGGGAUGUGACUCACAAAGAAGGAAAGUACGGAGAAGGUAGGGGGACAUUGCGUGUGCUGCAGGGGUUCCAGCACGUCUUA